GUGCCCGGAGCGCGGGCGGUGGGUGCGGGAGCGGGGCGGCCCCUCCGCCUCACGGGCAGCCCGGGGACAUCGCUCCCUGCAGGGCGGCCGGGAGUCCUGGAUCCCACGAUGAGGAUGAUCGAGAGCGUGGACUCCGUGGUGACCAGGUCCAGCGAGGACCUCUGGGCCGAGAUCUGCUCCUGCCUGCCGCAUCCCGAGCACAAGGACGCCGGCGAUGCUUUCACAGACUCCUUCGUGGAUUCGUACGCCGAGGGCAGCGGAUCGGGCGGCUCUGCCCAACCUGCCCUGAAGCCCUGGGCGCCCCUGAACGACUCAGAGGUGUAUUUAGCAUCCCUGGAGAGAAGACUGAUGAGGAUCAAAGGCCUGUCCCAGGAGGUGACCUCCAAGGACAUGCUGCGCACGCUGUCCCAGGCCAAGAAGGAAUGCUGGGACAGGUUCCUGCAGGAGAAGUUUGAGGCAGAAUGUUACGUUGAGGGCCACGAUGCUGACGAGAGCACGCUGGAGCACCUGAAGCGCUGGCUGCAGCCUGACAAAGUGGCCAUCAGCUCCGAGGAGGUGCAGUGCCUCAUCCCGCCGGAGUCACAGCCCGAGAAGCCAGAGGCUGAGGAGGAGCCUCCGGCUGCGGAGCAGUGAGAGCUCCUGGCCGUGCCCAGGGCUGCCUCUUGUCCCAGCCCCCAGGAGGAUGUACCCAGCCACAGGAAUAGCAGGAAGGGGGGCACAGAGCAUAUUGUCAGUGAUUGAAGAAGUAAUUUUUAAAAGAAAGAACUCCCAACACAGCAAAUCCCAGCUCUGGAGCUCCGCAGACAGCGGCUGGCACCGGUAGGGACGAGAGGGAACGCCUGCGACACGGCUGAACCAAAACCUCACAUGGAUCUUCUCCAGCCUGCAGCCACCUCAUCAUUCCAGCCUGGAUGUGGAUUGUUUGGAAUCCAUCAGGAGCCACAUUAAACAACAACAGCAACAACAACAAAAGCAGUUGUGCAGAAGCACCAGAAAACAUCACGGUCUAGAAUAGAGCAGAGAAACCACUGAAUCACUUUGGUCCUGUCUUUUACCUUUUCAUUACUCAGCUGGGCAAUUUUUUCCUCUCCUGCCAAAUCCACUUUGGUGUUUUCCCCAGAUCUUCACUGUUGCAGUCUGAUUUGGCCCCAGGCUGUGCCAGGAAGAAGAUGGAUAUUUCCCACCUCUGUGAAUUUGAGACCCUGAAGGAAGCUCUCACUGCAGUCAAUAAAUUGAUGGUGUCAUUGACAUUGUAGCUAUUUCACAUUCCUCUCUGUAAUGUACCCCCUAAUAUCCCACUUUAUUGCCCAAAAUCUCUAUUACAGACUGUAAGGGGGGUAUUUUUCCUCUUGUUGGUCUUUUUGUACCUCUUCAGCCUCUCCAGAAAAAGAUGAGAUUCUGUAUUGGGAAACAAGAGGGGUAGCCAGAGAAGCUACAAACAACUUGUUUUCAUCACAGAAUUGCAUAAAAUUCUCUGACUUGAAAUAUGUUUAGUAUUUAAUUGUUUUUUUAACCCUGCUUUACUCUUCAAAGGGUUAUUUCCUUUUACUAAUCCAAGAAUCUGUGAUAUUGUGCUGCUUUUUCGCUGAUCUCUGUGUUCUGCCUCGGCACCAACACUGGGGGUCGGUAGAGUGAAGCAGCACAGUCUGUCAGAGCUUCUUAGGGGAAAUUGUGGUUCUAGGAGUUAAUCCUCACCGGAUUCAUGCCGUGUUCAUUUAUGUACCUGUUUGAAAGUACUUUUUUAGGAGUAAAUUUUUGCUGGAGCCUCCCAGUUUCCUGUCUCUGUACCCAAAUAGAGGCGCUGCUCUCAGUCACCAUGUCACAACUCAGAGGUUGUUCCCACCAUCAGCUUUCCUGGUGUAACUCCCACCCCAGACUCACCUCCCAGAAAAGUCACGCUCAGAAUUCUCCAUUAAAACAAACCCUUUUUUUUUAAACCUUGAGGAAUGUGGUGAAUCAUCUGAGUGCCAGUGAUGCACAACUCGCAAGCCUCGUGUCUUGCUGGUUUGAUCAUUAAAUGUCCUUUUUAAUUUAUCCUUUAACUGUCCUCUAUUAUGUUAAGUCUGUGUCCUUGCACAGAUCUCUCUCACCUGAUGUAACAAAGCUGUGACAAAGAUGCAGAACUCUGAGCUGUUCCCAGAAAUGGUUUGUGCAGAGACAGAAAGCAGUAAUUUCUCUGUCCCCAGCCUAUUUCCCUGUCAAUAAAAUUCUUCUUAUGGGUAGCAA